AUGAAGGGGACGCUUUUGCUGAUGAGCGUGAUGCCUUGGUUUGUCGCGGCGGAAGUUUUCCUUGGCGACGUCGACGAGCCGAUCCCGAUGCUGGAGGUGUCGUCAGUGGCCGGUUUCAAAGCUCAAAUACCUUGCGACAUCGAUCCGACCAGCAAGAGCGAGGUGGUGAGCAUGGUUUUUUGGUACAAAGACGAAAGGGACGGCGAGCCGAUAUACAGCCUGGACGCUCGCCGCAAAUCGAUAGCUCAGGCGAAGCUUUGGUCAGAUCCACACGUAUUCGGCGAAAGGGCGACCAUGAGGACGAACGUGGAGCCCGCGAAAUUGGAGAUCGAUCCCUUGGAGGCGGCCGACGCGGGGGUGUACAGGUGCAGGGUGGAUUACAAAAAUAGCCCGACGAGAAAUCAGAAGGUUAACCUCACGGUGAUAGUACCACCAAACAAGCCGGUGAUUUACACCGGUGUCGGGAGAAGUUUGGCCAAGACACUGCAGUCCAACGAGGGUAGCCAGUUGUCCUUAUUGUGCGAGGUAAUCGGGGGCUCCCCGCCGCCGAAGGUCACGUGGCAUUUCGACGGGCAAAUGGACGACACGUAUACACUGGAGCACGGGGACAUCACGAUAAAUCGCCUCGAUAUCUCGAACGUCACCAGGAAGUUCCUCAAAGCUAAGCUAAUUUGCCAGGCGAGCAACACGCAUCUAGUGGCUCCUCUAACUUCCGAGAUUAUUUUGGAUAUUAAUUUGAAACCGUUGGUAGUGAAUAUUACGAACAAAAGAGCUCACUUGUCGGCGCUAAGAACGUACGAAAUUGAAUGCAUCAGUUCGGGUUCCAGGCCGGAGGCUGUGAUCACGUGGUGGAAGGGAAAGCAUCAGGUCGAACAUAUGGCCAGAAAGUUUGUAGAUACGAACAUCACGAAAAGCGUGCUGAGUUACGUGCCGCCCAUGGAGGACGACGGGAAAUCCCUGACCUGCCGGGCGGAGAAUCCAGUUGUACCCAACAGCGGCCUCGAGGACACGUGGCGCCUCCUAGUGCACUACGCGCCAAUAGUGACGAUCAAGCUGGGCCUGAGUCUGAAGCCAAACGACAUAAACGAAGGGGACGACGUGUAUUUCGAAUGCAACGUUCAGGCGAAUCCAAAAGCGUACAAGCUGGUAUGGUACAAAGACGGCAAGGAGCUGCAUCAGAAUGCGACUGCUAGAAUUUUUCUUCCCAGCGGGCAAUCUUUGGUUUUGCGAAGCGUGACUAGAAACUCUGCCGGCGAAUAUUCCUGCAUGGCAGUGAAUGUCGAAGGAAAAUCCACCAGCAGACCGAUCAUGUUGGACAUAAUGUACGCCCCGGUGUGCAAGGACGGGUCUUCUACCCAAGUGGUCGGUGCCUUGAAGCACGAGACGAUCUCGCUGGUGUGCGGGGUGCAGUCGAAACCGCCGCCCAUCACUUUUCACUGGACCUUCAACAACUCAGGCGAGCUGAUGAACGUGCCUGCCAUCAGAUUCACGCAGGUGAAGCCGCUCAGUCUGAUCACCAGCCACUGGCACGGGUCCAGGUUGAAUUAUACCCCGGCUAACGACAUGGACUACGGAACGGUUGCCUGUCGGGCUACGAACCGGAUAGGGGUGCAAAAGACGCCCUGUCUUUUUCAGAUCAUCGUCGCCGGGAAACCCUAUCCCCUGCAGAAUUGCACGGCUCUCCAGUCGACCGGUCCCUACGCGUAUCGAAUGGGUCACGAGGAUUUUAAAGCCACGGACUCGAGGGACGCAGACUGGCUGAUCGUCAGAUGCGCGGAGGGAUUUGACGGCGGUUUGCCCUUAACUAAUUACGAACUGGAGGUCUAUAGCGAGGAGAACGUUUAUCCCGUCGAUACCAUCUACCUGAACCACACAGAGAGAUUCAGCUUGUCCGGGCCGGUUUUUGUGGUUCCUGGUCUGGAGCCCGGUCGUAAAUACAGGCUUCAUCUCUACGCUGUCAACGCGAAGGGCCGCAGCGAUCCUGUAGUCCUUGAACCGGUCACGCUCAAAGCAGUCGCCAUGUUCACCACCGAUCGCGGAACAUCCGACUACAGCCUGCUGGUCGCCUGUUUCGCCGGUGGGAUAACAGCCGUGUGCAUCCUGAUAGUGGGCAUCACGCUCACCCUGUACCGCCGUAGCCAUCCCAUGCAGCCCGUCAAGACUCACACCGAAGUGGUGCAAUAUGGCGGCAAGGAGGACAGAGCGACGGUGGCGCCAACCUGCAAGGAGACCCGAGACGACGCGAAGGGAGAAAUGGCGAACGAUAUGACCGACGACGACCCGGACGUGAUCCCCAGCAAGAUGGACAAGAGGCCAGACAUAUUCGAGCCCAAGUACGAGAUCGUGAGUUUGAACAGGACGAAAGAUAUCGGUCACUUGGAGGAGCUGGAUUAUCCGUCGCCCUCGUCCGUGUUGCACACGAAGGAUUCGUGGAUUUAUCCGAACGGCUUCGUGAAGAAAGUGGAGAAGAGCUUGAGCCCGCUGAGACCGAGCACGCUCCUGGUGCACCGCAGUCACGACAUCUACACGAGGAGUUCGCGAGUGCAAGAGAGCUGUAUAUAG